CGGGUAGCAAAUGCAUGUAGCAUGCGAGGCACACAGGAGCCGCCGGUCUCGGCGCAUUUAGAAAAGAAGAAGGGGUAAGGAGGUGGUCACUAGCCGGCCCCCCUUCUUCCUCCCUCUUGCAUUGAUAAGGAAACGUCGCGCGUAGAUGGGCAUAGAACUCGCGCGAUAAUAACCACCGUGGCCGCGCCGCGUGGCGAUUUUACUACUCCCAUACUUUUCCCUAGCAUGAUUCGCGCUGCUCCUACCAUCGCGGUUCCGAUAUAAGGCACCCACUCUCCCCUCUUAAAUCGCCACUCCGCUUACGAUCACAGUUCGAAUUGGUCGUGCUCUCUCUUUUUUUCUGCCUCUCUCUCUCUCUCUCUCUCUCUCUCUUCUAUUUUACUCUAUUACUCGUUCUCUCUCUCUCUCUCUCUCUCUCUUUCUGCUUUGCUCUCUGCUCUCUUGCUCAUUCCCGUCCUACUCUUCGACCUAUUCACUCCCCUCUUCGUCUUUCCUUGUCUGUGGGUUCGUUCUCGCGAUAUCUUCGUCUCGCCUUCGUUCACUCGGGCAGCUCGCUAGCAAACUGGCAUCGCCUCGGCCAUCCGCGGAGCCGCAAUUGCUCGCUCACUUUCCGUCUCUCUCUCUCGCUCUCCUUCUUUCUCUUUUCCCCUUUUGUUUCACCGUCUUUUCUAGCUCCGUUCCUCUACCACUCUCGUCCCAUCUCUCUUCCUCUUCUUGCUCCGUUUGCUCUAUGUACAUAAUAUACGCGAGCCUCGCUCCCGAUCAUAGAGCAGUGGCGCGAGUUCUCGUACAGCCAGCAAAAGUCCGGAUCUUGAUUUUCGUCUAGUCGCCUAAUCGUGUGUACAUACACACACACACACACACACACACACACAUACACACAGCAUCAAUCACUCUUCUGAUUUCUUCCCGCGUACGCGGAAACGAAAGGACAGCAUCCGUAAUCCUCGUAGGUGAGAAUGUCGUAGUCGCAGUCACCCUCGCAACCGAGCAACAAGUGCCAGGUCUCUCUUAUAGUGCGAAUUCCAGAUCGAAAAGCAGCUGUCAGACGAGAAGCGAACGAACACCUCGAAGGAGAGACACCUCGGAAGUGAUUUCGAGAGAACUAGGCGGUCGCGAGAUGAAGAGGAGGAGCGACGACGAUGGCAAGCAUGUGGCCAAGUAUCGGCACCGAGAAUACGUCUUGAUCGGAUAUGUCGGGGCCACGGAACCAACGUCGCAAUCCACCAGGGAGGCAAUCGUCAAGGAGGAGGAGGGAAAAGCAGUGGCGACGGCGAUAAAGAGCGAGGACGUCAUCGGACACGAAGUCGGCCAGCAGCAGGAGCAGCAACAGCAGCAGCAGCAGCAGCAGCAACAGCUGGCGUUUGUGGCGACCGGGGAAGCUGGAGAGGAGAACAGCGGUGUGGGCGUGCUGGAGGCGGGACAGCCGGAAAUGGAAAAUGGCGCCAUGGUUGAGCCAACCGGCGCCGAAGCAGUCGCUAUUGCGGUCGCCGCCGUCGCCGCUGCCGCCGACGAUCAUGCCAACGAGGAUCCCAACACCACUUAUACCCUCCAUGAGCUCGACUACCAUUCCACACAUAUAAUCCAUGAGAGUUUUGGGGGCGGCAAUAUGAGGGAGGAGCAGCAGCAGCAGCAACAGGUUUCACAACCGCCCCACCAACCGCACCACCAACAGGCGCAACAGUAUGUUCAGCUUGGAGCAAGAGAAGUCCCGGUUCCCGAGGGAGGGGAUAGCCAGCACCCGACGGAGGCCUCCAUCACGUCGGAGGGACGACGAGCCAGCAGUCACAUGCCUCACUCCACGAUGCAUCGUUACGGUACCGAGACGCUCUCACCAACCACGACGGACCAUCAUCAUCAUCAACAGCAGCAUCAUCAUCAUCAUUUGUCCGAGGUGCAUCAGCAUACCGUUCUAUCGUCCACUCACCGUCACCUGGAGGACCCGCAGCAUCAUCAAGAAGCUAACGAAGACGUGGAUCGAGGGGUGAGCAGCAUUACCGCGGCCAUGAGAGGUGCACGGGGUGAUUAUUUAGGUGUACUGUUCCCGAAUCUCACUGCGUCAAACACUGCAUCCAGCAAUGGAGGCAGUAAUCAUCACCAUCAUACGUCGCAUCAUUUGGAGGACGUGCUGUCCGAGGAACCUUAUCUGCAACAUCAGAUCCGCGCUGGAGGAGCACCCCCGACUGGUGGCGCUUCUCCAUCGGUGAGGACCGUCGGCGGCUCCCCGACCUCGAGCCAUAGUCCGCACGACGAUCAGGGUCUCUCGUCGCCACACCGCCAAGCCCAGGAGACCGGUUACAGUCCCACCGAUCAGAACAGAUUGCAAUCUUUUAUCCAUCUUACGGCUAUGCAACCACCACCGUCGGUGCAGACCAAUCACGGAUUGCAAGAAGCCGACCGCGUGCCCGAUCAGCUGUACGACACGAUCUACAACGCGCAUCAUACCGCCGGUACCCCCCAUCAUCAUCAGGAUCAACACGAUCAAGGUCCCUCCGCGCCACACUCACCCAGCGGCCCACUCUCCAGUUCGUCGUUGUAUCGGCCGAUGAGUGCCGUGAGCACGAUGGGUACCGUGGCUGGGACUGGAGGAACCUAUACCCUCCCUUACAUGGCAAGUAGCCCGACGGAGCUGGCGUCGUCACCUCAGCUUUGGAAUGCUCAAGUGACGGGUCUGGCUACUGGGUUAUCCAUUCCUGAGGACUAUGGCACCAAGACUUCGGGCACGGUAUCCCAUCAAUCUUUACCGGCAUUUUCGCAACCUUUCGGCGGUCGGACGAGUUUUCGCGGUUACAGCCCGCCGUAUUCGUCCGCUCAACAGGUUACUAGCGGCGCUGCCGCCGUCUCCGCCGUGGACGCUGCCUCUUGGACGUAUGCCUCAUCUACGACCGACACGUUAACGACACAAUACGGCACACCGUCCAGACGACAGACCGUUAACCCGGCAUCAGCACAGCCGCAUAUCAGCGCCGCAGCGAGUUUAACUGCAAUGGCGGACCAGGGCGGUUUCUACAAAGACUUCUGUGGGUAUAGUGGCCCCCGUCGUGGCGGCCUCGUGGAGGAGAAAUCGAGCCGUCGUUUGUCUGCCACGAGACGCGUCGGUCUCGCUUGCAGCAACUGUGAAACCACGAUGACAUCCCUAUGGCGUCGCAACUCGCACGGCGAGCCGGUGUGCAACGCCUGCGGUCUUUAUUACAAGCUGCAUGGCAUCAACAGGCCGUCGACUAUGAAGAAAGACAGCAUUCAAACGCGCAAGCGAAAGCCUAAGGGUGGAAUGAAAAGCAGCGAUACACCUCUCUCGACCAACGUCGCGCAGUGCACGAACAAUAAUAACAACAAUAACAAUAGCGUUAAGCUUGAACCAGACACCUACGGCGAUCUGAGAAUGGCUCACACUGGCGUAUCGCAAGUGCCGUAUCCGGGCAAUCUCUACGGUAGUCCCCAGUCUUCGAACAGGAUAGUGUCCUAUGCUCAGCCCGUGUAUUUCGAUCUGCCGCAACAACAGCAUCAAUUGCUGGAGACCCAUUCGCCGAAGAUUGAAUGUCCAUCGCCACCUUGCACGCGUUCACCUGGAAUGGUCUCAGCUGGUCAGUCACCUGAUCAUCACCAACUCACUUCGCCACAUAUCGUCACUCUAGGCAGUCCGUCAACUAGUCCAGCCGGACCUAAAAUUAUGCUAGACAACGGUCACCUCGAAAGAUCCACGGUUGUGUCGAUAUCAUCCUAAAUGCAGUCCGGGAAAGACGCCAAAUUGCUUGCCGGAAGGCAGACACUAAAUACAAAAUAACUUAGUGGCAAAGCGAGCGCUUGUGGAAACCAUUUUAUUAUUUUUUUUUAUGUGGAGGAAAUAUGCAUUACUGCAUAUAUCCCCCGGCUCCGAAGCCGGAUGGUUGGGAGUUCAAUUCCCGCUUUUUAAUCAGCAAAACAAAUAAUCUCGUUAAUCUUAUUUUUCUGCGCGCAUUGUGAUAUGCAGAAUUGGAAAUUAUAUAGAGAAGAAGAAGGUAUGAUAUCCGUUUUCAUUGAAUAAUUUUGUUUAUAAUCAAUAUUUUAUAUUGAAACUUGUUCAACGGGUUCUUAAUGAAAUAUUUAUUUAUUACUUUGUGAUUUAUAAAAAUGUAAUAUACUAUAUAAUCGGUGGUAGAAAAAAAUGAUGGUAAUAUGGCUAGCCAAAAAAUAGUUUUAAAAAAUUGGUUUAGUUAAAAAAAAACACACAGCAUUGUGUUACAAAAUUAUAUAUUUUUAAUUUUCCAUUGUUUAGAAUUUUCUGUAUUCAGAAACUUUAAAGAUAUCAUUAAGCAACAAGUAUAAAAUGAUAUCUUUAAUGUUUCUGAACAUAGCCUUCUGGAGUGAUAAUCGAUUUAUUGAAGAAAUAUUUCGAUAUGAAAAUUUUGCUUAUAAAGCCAUCUUAACAAAAUCUCAUGUUAUUGUUUAACUUUGCAUAACUCGUAGGGUCGGAUUAGCACCUAAGACUAAUCUAGGCUAUUGCCUAGGAGCGGCAAAUUUAGGGGAUGGCAUUUUGAAAACGAUUUCUAAAAAAUUGCAGUUUUCACGCGAAUAAUUGAAAAAAUUGUCCAUCGCUGGAUCAAAUUGGGAUUUUACGAUCUUCGUUUGUUUUGAAAUGAUAUGUGUGUUCUUCAAAUGUUUCGAGCGCAAAAAAUAAUUAAACGUGUGAAAUAAUCGUUACUAGAGACACCGACAAGGUAUUUUUAAAGAUGACCGGUCAAAAACAAAUUUUUGUGAUUAUCAAAUGAGCCUGGGAAUAAUAAUUCUCGAACGAUAACAUCAACUAGUUUUACGGAAUAUAAUAAACAUGAUCCUGGUGGAGUAAAAAUGAUUUAAGAAGUACUCACACAAAAGCAAUGAGCGUUUAAAUGCAUUAUUAUGCAUUGAAGCAGAGUUUAAUCGCAAAAUAAAUUAUAAAUUUAUUAUCAACGAGUUUGUUAUUAGAAAGCACGUAAAGUUCUAUUACAAUAAAUAUUUUGUGUUUAGUAUAUAAUUUUGCAAUAUGUAUAAUAUAGUAUUUUAAUAAAAUUAAACAAAUUGUAAGUUAAAUAGUUUUAUUUAUACGCGGUCUAUUGUUUUAAUAUUUAAAAUUAUAAUUAACCUUGUGAUCAUACUUAUACAUAAAAUAAUGUUCGAAGACAACAGAAUGUAGAAUUUGAUUAAUUUAAUUAACAUUUGGGAUUUCAGUAAGGGCGGUAAAGAUUCAAUUGCCUAGAGGCGAUGUAAGUCCUAAUCCGACUCUGAUAACUAGAAAUACAUAUGUACCGCCGAAUAAAAAAUUUAAAUAAUAAAAAACACUCAAGUGUACAUUCGUGUGGUAAUACAAGUGUAUUACCACACGAAUGUACACUUGAGUGUUUUUUAAAACUUUAAAAACAUUGAGGAAGUAUAUGUAAUUAAAUGCUGAAAUGUAUCUUGAUAAAAUUUAAAAGUGUUUGAAAGUCAAAAUGCCUUAUAACAAUUGUCAUGUAUUGUAUACUGACAUAUUAGCUAAAAACGGCGGGUUACUAAACGAAUAAUUCUAUAAGCGAUAAUACCUCCUUCUCCUCUAUCUUUUACAAAUGUGUGUAAAAAUACAAAAGCAGCACUGUAAAUAACAGUUUUAGGAUAUUUUAGAAUUUUAGAAUUUUUCAGGAAAUCCUUUUUUCUUUUAGAAAUGGAAAUUUCCAAAGGGAAAUAGGUUUUCUUUCUUUUUAAAAGAAAAAUGAUUUUCUUUGUUUAUUUUAUGCUAUUUUUAUUCAAUUUUUUCUCUCUUUUUUUACCAAAGAAGAUUUAUUAACAAAUCUUGUGUCACCAUCUAAGAUAUACCAAAUUACAAAUGAUAUUGUUGUAUCUGUACAUAUAUGUAUGUAUAUGGGAAUUUUCUUAUGUAAGAUUACGUGCCUUAAUAAGUGCCUUUACAUUCUAUAAAAUUAUACAUAAAAACUGCAAGGAUAUUCUAAUCGAACGGAUAUAUUAUAUUCUUAAUAAAAAUCUUUGAUAGAACAUAAGAUCAAUCGUGCGAGAACGGUAUAAAUGAUAAGUAUAGUGUAACAUAAUACAAUUAAAUAAUAAACAUAUAGCAACAAUGGUGUAUAUUAUACGAGUAAGCAUAUCUGACGGCUAUGCAAAUAAAUAUAUGCGAGAAUUA